AUGCCCACAAUGGAUCCUCGCUUCAAUACAAACAUCCCAAAACCCAAUCUUAAACUCUUUGCGUAUCCUCGUCGCUGUCGUCGAAGGAUUAGCUCUUAUAUACCUACCAGGGGCUCAAUCGACUCCUAUCAAGUGUGGGCGAAUGAUGUGGGCGAUGAAAGUUACACAUUCGAGAACUUGACGCCUUACUUCCAACGCUUAGCCUAUUUCACGCCGCCAGAUACCAGACGCGAUUCGCGAAUAUCACACCUGUGGUCAGAUGCCGUCGCUAGCUGGUUCAAGAAUGGAUUUGCAGCUGUGGGCAUUUCCGCUAGCCACGAUGAGUUUUCGUCCGGGUAUCUGAAAGGCUCGAAUUCCAACCGAAUUCUAGUCUCAGACCAGCUGCCUGCACCGAGCCAUAGAUACUACGACCUUGCAAGUAUACACGCACACCAUGGCCAGAGGAUGCUCUUCUCGUCAGAUAAACCCGCGACUGGAGUCCAGGUGAAACAAGGCGAUCACUACUACACGUUGUCAGCCACCAAAGAAGCCAUCCUCUCAGCCGGCGCUCUCCGGUCACCCAAGCUCCUCAUGCUGUCGGGCCUUGGCCCAACCCAAAUACUCUCAGGUCUUUGCGGCCUGGGCCAAAACACGUGGGAUUACAUCCCAUUCGGAACUACCGACCUGGUAACCCGCAAUCUCGUCCUCGCCCGCCAUGUCCGGCGUCGUGGCCGGGCCGGAGGAGACGGCGAUACAGCCUCACCAUGCGAGCUGUACGUGUACGGUAGGGAUGGCGGAGGAUACCGUAGUCUGGCUGUUGUCGACUCCAGGGCGGGGGUUUAUGGAGUGCGGAGGCUGGGAGUUCGUGGAUGCGAGCGCAUCUGCGCUGUUGCCGCCUGGUUCAUCCGCCAAGCACUGUGUAUGCGCCGGCGGGAAAGACUGCAGGCGAUAUCAAGCGUAGGAGAUGACGUUAGAGUCUAG